GUGCUGACGCACUGAAUGUCCCUCUCUGGAGUGGCUGCCCUAGCUUCUCAGAGGGUCAGGACAGAUGGGCAACUGGAGCCCGAGCCAGUGGAGGACUGUGUGCAGAGCACGCUUGCCGCCCUGUACCCACCCUUCGAGGCGACAGCCCCCACACUCUUGGGCCAGGUGUUCCAGGUGGUGGAGAGGACUUAUCGGGAGGAUGCGCUGAGGUACACGCUGGACUUCCUGGUGCCCGCCAAGCACCUGCUUGCCAAGGUCCAGCAGGAAGCCUGUGCCCAGUACAGCGGUUUCCUCUUCUUCCAUGAGGGCUGGCCCCUCUGCCUGCACGAGCAGGUGGUGGUGCAGCUAGCAGCCCUGCCCUGGCAACUGCUGCGCCCAGGAGACUUCUACCUGCAAGUAGUGCCCUCAGCAGCCCAAGCACCCCGCCUGGCACUCAAGUGCCUGGCCCCAGGCGGUGGACGGGUGCAGGAGUUGCCUGUGCCCAAUGAGGCCUGUGCCUACCUGUUCACACCUGAGUGGCUGCAAGGCAUCAAUAAGGACCGGCCAACAGGUCGUCUCAGUACUUGCCUACUCUCUGCGCCCUCUGGGAUUCAGCGGCUGCCCUGGGCAGAGCUCAUCUGCCCACGAUUUGUGCAUAAAGGGGGCCUCAUGGUUGGACACCGGCCAAGCACGUUGCCCCCCGAACUGCCCUCCGGACCCCCAGGGCUCCCCAGCCCUCCGCUCCCUGAGGAGGCCCUGGGCACCCGGAGUCCUGGCGACGGGCACAAUGCCCCCGCUGAAGGACCUGAAGGCGAGUACGUGGAGCUGCUGGAGGUGACGCUGCCUGUGAGGGGGAGCCCCACAGAUGCCGAGGGCUCCUCGGGCCUCUCCAGGACCCGGACAGUGCCCACCCGAAAGGGUGCUGGAGGGAAGGGCCGGCACAGGAGACACCGCGCCUGGAUGCACCAGAAGGGCCUGGGGCCUCGGGACCAGGACGGGGCACGCCCACCGGGUGAGGGAAGCAGCACUGGAGCCUCCCCUGGGUCACCCCCAGGAGCUGAGGCUCUCCCAGAAGCAACAGCCCUAGAGGUGUCUGAGUCUCCAGCAGAGACAUUGGGGGAAGCCUCUGAAUCUUGUCCCCUGAGGCCAGGGGAGGCUGGGGGAGGGGCAGGCCAGGGGGCUGAAGGACCACCUGGCACCCCUCGGAGAACAGGCAAAGGAAACAGGAGAAAGAAGCGUGCUGCAGGCAGAGGGACUUUUAGCCGAGGAGGGGACAGUGCUCCAGUGAGCCCAGGGGACAAGGAAGAAGCCAGCCACCAGGAGGUCCUUGUCACUCUGCCCCCGCCAAAUGAGCACCAGCUCCCAGGAUGCAGCCCAGUCGAGGAGGAGCACAAAGGCUCAGGGAAGCCAGAGUCAGAGCUGAAGGAGGAGCUCAAACCAGCAGACAAAAAAGAGCCUCAGCCCCCAGAAGCCUGUGGACCUGUAGACGAGAUGGCCAGUGAGAAGGAUCUAGAGGAGCCCAGCCUGGCAUGCGUGGUGGCAGGACCCACAGGUCCAGAAGGGCUCCUGCCAGACCCACCACCACCACCCCUGGAGACGGUGCAGGAAGUGGGAGGGGACAGUGUCCCAGAAGAGGCCUCUCCAGUCUCCAUCUCCGAUGACCCGGAUGUAGCUUGGGACUUGAUGGCAUCUGGAUUCCUUGUCCUGACUGGAGGGGUGGACCAGAGUGGGCGAGCUCUGCUGACUGUUACCCCACCAUUUCCUCCUGAGGAGCACCCACCCUCCCGAGACAUGCUGAGCACUGCUCUUCAUUACCUCCACUCAUUGCUCAGGCCUGAUCUCCAGAUAUUGGGGCUGUCCAUCCUGUUGGACCUUCGAAAGGCACCCCCAUUGCCUCCAGCCCUCAUUCCUGUUCUAAGUCAACUUCAGGACUCAGGAGACCCUCCCCUCAUUCAGCGACUGCUGGUUCUCACUCAUGAUGAUCCUCUGACUGAACUCUAUGAACUUCAGGGCGCUGAGUUGCUAUCAGAGAGUGAUCUGAAAAGAGUGGCCAAGCCAGAGGAGCUGCCGUGGGACUUGGGAGGUCACAGGGAACCCUCUCCCAGCUACUGGGUAGAGACACACCAGGAAGUGGCAAGGCUGUGCCGCCUGUGCCAAGGGGUGCUGUGCUCUGUGCGGCAAGCCAUUGAGGAGCUGGAGGGAGCCACUGAGCCGGAGGAGGGAGAGGAGGCUGUAGGAAUGCUUGAGCCCCUACAGAAGGUGCGGGCAGAUCCCCGGCUGACGGAGCUGCAGAGGGACGGGGGAGCCAUCCUGAUGAGGCUGCGUUCCACCCACAGCAGCAAGCUGGAGGGCCCGGGCCCAGCCGCCCUGUACCAGGAGGUGGACGAGGCCAUUCACCAGCUCGUGCGCCUCUCCAACCUGCACGUGCAGCGGCAGGAGCAGCGGCAACGCCUCCACCGACUGGAGCAGGCGCUGCAGUGGCUCUCAGGCCCAGGGGAGGAGCAGCUGGUCAGCUUCGCUGUGCCGGGGGACUCCCUGUCUGCCCUGCAGGACACGGAGCUGCAAUUCCGGGCUUUCAGCGCGGAGGUUCAGGAGCGCCUGGCCCAGGCUCGGGAGGCCCUGGCCCUAGAGGAGGACACCACUUCCCAGAAGGUUCUGGAUGUCUUUGAACAGCGGCUGGAGCAGGCUGAGAGUGGCCUCCAUCGAGCCCUGCGGCUACAGCGCUUUUUCCAGCAGGCGCACGAAUGGGUGAAUGAAGGUUCUGCUCGGCUGGCAGGAGCGGGGCCCGGUAGGGAGGCCGUGCUGGCAGCCCUGGCCCUGCGGCGGGCCCCGGAGCCGAGCGCCGGCACCUUCCAGGAGAUGCGGGCCCUGGCCUUGGACCUGGGCAGCCCGGCCGCCCUGCGAGAGUGGGGCCGCUGCCGGGCCCGCUGCCAAGAGCUGGAGAGGAGGAUUCAGCAGCAGCUGGGAGAGGAGGCGAGUCCGCGGGGCCACCGGCGGCGGCGGGCAGACAGCGCCAGCAGCGGAGGGGCCCCCCGGGGCCCCCACAGCCCCUCGCCCAGCCUUAGCUCCCUGCUGCUCCCCGGCAGCCCCGGGCCUCGUGCAGCCCCAUCCCAUUGCUCCCUGGCCCCCUGUGGGGAGGACUGUGAAGAGGAGGGCCCUGACUCAGCUCCAGAAGCAGAGGUUAGGCCUCCGAGGACCGUGCUGAUCCGAGGCCUGGAAGUCACCAGUACCGAGGUGGUAGACAGGACGUGCUCGCCCCGAGAACACGUGCUGCUGGGCCGGGCUGGAGGUCCAGAUGGGCCCUGGGGAGUAGGCACGCCCCGGAUGGAGCGCAAGCGAAGCAUCAGCGCCCAGCAGCGUCUGGUGUCAGAGCUGAUUGCCUGUGAGCAGGAGUACGUGGCCACCUUGAGCGAGCCAGUGCCACCCCCGGGGCCUGAGCUGACUCCUGAACUGAGGGGCACCUGGGCCGCAGCCCUGAGUACCCGGGAGAGGCUCCGCAGCUUCCAUCGGACACACUUUCUCCGGGAGCUUCAGGGCUGCGCCACCCACCCCCUGCGCAUUGGGGCCUGCUUCCUUCGCCAUGGGGACCAGUUCAGCCUUUACGCCCAAUACGUGAAGCACCGACACAAACUGGAGAAUGGUCUGGCUGCACUUGGCCCCCCAACCAAGGGCUCCGCGGAGAGCGGCCCCCACCUGCCCCGGGCCUUGGAGCAGCCCCUGGAGCAGCUAGCUCGGUAUGGGCGGCUCCUGGAGGAGCUCCUGAGGGAAGCUGGGCCUGAGCUGAGUUCUGAGCGCCAGGCUCUUGGGGCUGCCGUGCAGCUGCUCCGGGAACAGGAGGCCCGUGGCAGAGACCUGCUGGCCGUGGAGGCCGUGCGUGGCUGCGAGACAGAUCUGAAGGAGCAGGGUCAGCUCCUACACCGGGACCCCUUCACCGUCAUCUGUGGCCGAAAGAAGUGCCUUCGGCAUGUCUUUCUCUUUGAGCAUCUCCUCCUGUUCAGCAAGCUCAAGGGCCCUGAGGGGGGGUCAGAGACCUUUGUUUACAAGCAGGCCUUUAAGACUGCUGACAUGGGGCUAACAGAAAAAAUCGGGGACAGUGGACUCUGCUUUGAGCUGUGGUUCCGGCGGCGGCGUACUCGAGAAGCGUACACACUUCAGGCAGCCUCGCCAGAGAUCAAGCUCAAGUGGACCAGUUCUAUUGCCCAGCUGCUGUGGAGACAGGCGGCUCUCAACAACAGGCUCCGAGUGCAGCAGAUGGUCUCCAUGGGCAUUGGGAAUAAACCCUUCCUGGACAUCAAAGCCCUUGAGCGGACACUGAGUGCCUUGCUCACUGGAAGAGCCCCAGAAACACUUGACUCUUCUGGAGAUGUGUCCCCAGGACCAAGAAACAGCCCCAGCCUGCAACCCCCCCACCCUGGGAGCAGCACUCCCACUCUGGCCAGUGGAGGGAUCUUAGGGCUGUCCCGGCAGAGUCAUGCCCGAGCCCUGAGUGACCCCACCACUCCUCUGUGACCUGGAGAAGAUGGAGAACUUGGCUACAGUCCCUCCUGUCGGCACAUUUUGGGCAGGGAUGGCAGUGGGACAUAGCAGAAGACUGGAAGAGCACUGAAUUCCUUCCCUCUGCUUCCUGGACAGAGAGGAGGUCGCAGGACCAGCGUGUUUCCUUUCCCUGCUGCUGUCCCUAGCUCUCUCCAGCCAGGUGCCUUCCUACAGGAACCAAAGUGGCCACACUUGCUUGCCUUCGUACCCUGGAGGUGGAGAAAUGAUCCCUCAUCCAGUCCUUCCCCAUCCCGGGCCACUGCAUACUCCCAGGACACUGCUCCGUGUCAGCCCUCCCCCAACAGCCUGCGUCCUCCCGUUCGUCCGGUGCCACCCGGACUCUCCCUGAGGAGACUCAUCUCUGCCAGGUCAGCUGUAGUUCUGGUGACUCCACUCCGGGGUGUCAUAGGAAAUGGAGCUAUGCAAACCAUUUUUGGGGGGGGGGAACAGCAAACUUUAUACGUGUAAUUACUGUUGUUAUAAUACUAUUGUUAUAUUAAAUGUAUUUACUCACACUUUGUGUCGGAAGAGCUAGAGCAGACCUCCGGGUUGAGGUGACACUGCUACCUUGAACACUUCCCCUCACCCAACCAUUAACUGGAACACAGGAAAAAAAAAAAAAAAAACAAACCAAGGCUUCGAGGUACCCAGUACCCCUUCCUGGCCCCCAAACUGAGCCUGGGUGCAAGAGAAUGUGCCUCUUCCACAGUGGCUCUUGGAGGCUCAAUGCACUCUGUGAAGUUCCUCCUCUCCCGCUGCACCCACUUCUUGAGGCUGAGGUGGUCACCCUCAAGCUGGGAUCCAGCACAGUCUAGCAGUUCUCAGAAUGACGUCCACAGUGCGUGAGAGUCCCUAGGCUGCUUGCUAAAUGCUAAUCCUGGGCCCCACCCCAGAGCUACUGAAGCCGAAAGUCUGGGGGUAAAGCCCAAGAUUUCUCGUUCCUCAUUAAGUUCUUUGGGUGAUCACUAAGCGCCCUGAAGAAGUAUUUCCGACAAAACCUCCAAGGAGGACAGGACAUAGGCAGACAGACACAGCGCCCCUGUGCCUCAAGACACCUGUUUAUUGGGGACACAACUCUGCGACAGGGAUGACAGGAAUCGUACCAAAAAUAGCGACGUCUACAGGGCCCCUGAAGGGGCUAGAAGGGUACAGUGCCCCCACCCCCACCCAUUGUACAAAAA